ACGAUCGCAACCCAGUGCAAGGCCAUACACCGGGGACUGUAGAGGUUCCACCGGAUGCCCGAUUUCGGAAACCCGCUCAAAAGUGCCGGCGCGAAAUAAACCUCCGAAGCCUAAAGACACCAUCGUCACUAUAUCACAGCCAUUCCUGUAUACUCACCAAUUCAGCCUCACAUUAUCUUCAAGAUCAAGGAACCAUUACCAAAAAUGAGCAACCAACCACCUUAUCCGCUACACGAGUCAGUCCUUAACAGAAUCGAUCCCGAAUAUGCAGCAUUCUACAACAAACACAUCAUCGACAAACAACAAGUCCAUCUCCAACCAGUAGAAGCAUCACGAAGCAGUGGGAUUCUCAUUCCGGGCAGUGGUCCUCUCCAACCUGUCGCGAGUACAGUCGACUACGCCAUCAAACGCAAAGAGAGCGACGGACCGGAUGUUAAAGUUCGGUGCUUCACUCCGAAUGGCGACAAGCCAGAGAAUGGAUGGCCUGUGUGCAUUUACUACCACGGUGGUGGUUGGGUUCUUGGUACGAUAGAUACUGAGAAUGUGAUUGCGUCGCAUCUUUGCGCGAGAGGGAAAUGUGUCGUUGUAGCUGUGGAUUAUAGACUGGCACCUGAGAACCCGUUUCCUGCAGCGGUGCAUGAUUCGUGGGAGGCCGUUCUUUGGGUGAUGGGUGAGGGAAAAGAAAUCCUCGGUCUGGACACUGCAAAAAUGGCAACAGGCGGUUCCUCUGCUGGCGCCAACUUGGCAGCCGUCAUGUGCCAACGAGCUGCUGAUCGAGGAUCCCCCAAAUUCUCCCUUCAACUCCUUUCCGUCCCGGUAAUGGACAACACCGCCGACACUACCAACAAUGUCUCAUGGAACGCAAACCAACACUCUCCCGCUCUUCCAGCACCCAAAAUGCUUUGGUACCGUCACCACUAUCUUCCCAAUAAGGAAGACUGGGCGCAUCCUGAAGCUAGUCCGAUCUUCUGGAAGGGAGACUUCUCAAAGUUGCCGCCUGCUUGUUUUGUCGUUGGUGAGCUGGAUGUACUGAGGUCGGAGGGUGAGCAGUUUGCGAAGAAGUUGCAAGACGCUGGUGUCAAGGCGGAGCUGAAUGUCAUGAAGGGCCAGCCACAUCCGUUUAUUGCGAUGGAUGCUGUUCUUGAGGCUGGGUCAAGAGCUAUUACGCUGUUUUGCGAUGCGUUGUAUAAGACCAUGUAUCAGAAUUGGUGAAUAGGAUAGAACGUUUGGUAGAAACUCGUAAAGUCAAGGGCUAAGAAUGCCAUAUGAGCUGAAUCAUUUGAAAUGUCC